GACUUUAUUCCUGGAAUUUAUUGACUUUAUUCCUGUGACCAUUUUGACUUUUUCCCUGGAACAUAUUGACUUUAUUCCUGGAGCGUGUUGACUUUAAUCCUGUGACCAUUUUGACUUUAUUCCUGUGACCAUUUUGACUUUAUUCCUGGAACAUGUUGACUUUAUUCCUGGAGCAUUUUGAUAGUUUUACUAUGAAAAGUAGCAAUUUUCUCUAUGGUUGUAAUAAUUUUUUAAUCUUGCCCAUAGGACUCUAUUUUUUUCCCCAAGCCUGGAUAAAUACAGAGGUUGUGUCCGGAAGAGCAUCCCAUGUAAACAUUUUGUCAAACCAAAUAUGCAAAUCACAACACGACUUCCACGACUUUACCGGAUUGGUCAAGGCCUGGGUUAACAACGACUGCCAUCUAUGCUGUUCAUCUACAGGGUGCCGGUGGAAAUUGGGUUACUGUCGGUCAAAGAAGGCGAGGAGGAAGAUGUGUCCGUAAGAAGAGAGAGAAGAGGAGCGCCAAGCGCCUAGAACAGAGUAUGGACCUUGAAUGUUAGAACUAUGACAGGAAAAGGUAGAGUUGGUUGGCAUGAUGCAGAGGAGGAAGGUAGACAUACUGUGUGUACAGGAGACCAGGUGGAAAGGUAGCAAGGCUAGAGGUUUAGGAUAGUAGAAGUUUUGGGUUCAACUUGUAAGAGAAAUGGAGGAGAGGAGUUGGUUAAGAAGGUCCUGGAGGUAAAAAGAGUGUCAGAUAGGGUGACGAGUCUGAAGAUAGAAAUAGAAGGUGUGAUGUUCAAUGUUGUUAGUGGGUAUGCCCCACAAGUAGGAUGGGAGUUGGAGGAAAAAGGACCUUGAUGAAGUGAUGCAGAGCAUCCCUGGAAGGGAAAGAGUUGUCAUUGAGGCUGACUUGAAUGGGCAUGUUGGUGCAGGAAAUAGAGAUGAUGAAGAGGUGAUUGACAAGCUUGGUAUUCAGGAGAGGAACACAGAAGGACAGAUGGUGGUUGACUUUGCCAAAAGGAUGGAAAUGGCUGUAGUGAAUACGUUCUUCCAGGUAGACUACAUCUUGUGUAGACGCUGUCAUCUGAAGGAGAUCAGGGACUGCAAAGUAGUGGUAGGUGAAAGUGUAGCCAAACAGCAUAAGAUGGGGGGUGUAGAAAGACCCUCAUGGUGAGGAAGAUGAAGAGGACCAAAUGGUGGAAGCUGAAAGAAGAGUGUUGUAAGAUUUUUAGGCAGGAAGUGAGACAGGCUCUGGAUGGUCAGGAAGUGCUUCCAGAUGACUAGACAACUACAGCAAAUGUGAUCAGGGAGACGGGUAGGAGAGCACUUGGGGUGUCAUCUGGAAAGAAAGCAGACAAAGAGGCUUUGUGGUGGAAUGAGGAGGUGCAGGAGUGUAUACAGCCAAAAAGGUUACCUAAGAUGAAGUGGGACAUGGAGAGGACUGAAGAGAGUAGACAGGAGUACAGAGAGAUGAAUGGUAAGGUAGAGGUAGCAGUAGAGUCCCUGACCGGAACAAUAGGAUCUUAGGUGGUGAGAAGAUGCCCCAGGAAUGGAGGAGAAGUGUGUUGGUGGCCAUUUUGAAGAACAAGGGUGAUGUGCAGAGCUGUGGCAACUCCAGAGGUAUAAAGCUAAUGAACUAUACCAUGAAGUUAUGGAAAGAGUAGUUGAAGCUAGCAGUAGUAGAGCAGCAGUAUGGUUUCAUGCCAACAAAGAGUACUCCAGAUGCAGUAUUUGCUUUAAGAAUGUUCAUAGAGAAGUACAGAGAAGGUAUUUGUAGAUGUGGAGAAAGCCUAGGACAGGGUGCCUAGAGAGGAACUGUGGUAUUGUAUGAGGAAGUCUGGAGUGACAGAGAAGUAUGUUCAAGUGGUGCAGGACAUGUAUGAGGACUGGAAGAGGGGUAAGAUGUGCUGAAGGUGGGACUGCAUCAGGGAUCAGCUCUGAGACCCUUCUUGUUUGCUAUGGUGAUGGACAGGCUGACAGAUGAGCUGAGACAAGAAUCCCCAUGGACUAUGAUGUUUGCAGAUGACAUUGGCGUUUGUAGUAAGAGUAGGGAACAGGUGGAGAAGAUGCUACAAGAGUGGAGGUUUGCCCUGGAAAGGAGAUGAAGGAAGAUUAGCCGCAGUAAGACGUAUAUGUGUGGGAACAGGGACAACAGAGGGACAUUCCAUGUUAGAGGCCUUGGAGAUAAAGAGCCUUUUAUAGGCCAGACUGAGAUGGUUGGGACAUGUGCAAAGGAGAGAUAGUCAAUAUAUUGGUAGAAGGAUGCUGCCAGGUAGGAGACGCAGAGGAAGACUAAAGAGGAGGUUUAUGGAUGUAGUGAAGGAGGACAUGAAGGAAGUUGGUGUGGAAGACAGGUUUGGAUGGAGGAGAUUGGGUUGCUGUGGCGACCCCUGGAGGGAAAAGCCCAAAGAGAAAGAAGAUUAUUAUUCUUAUUAAUUUGUACUUUUUGAAAAAUUAUAAAAAUGAAAGUGUAAUGUAUUCUCAGCUUGUUUUCAUAACUAGGACUGUUAUUGUGAUAGGCUGUUAGUCGCUUUUUCCGCUUCUUUCUUCCCCGCCAUUCAUGUUGAGCAGUCUGCAAUGUCGCCGCGAGAUGGCAGUGUCACGUCAUACAUGCUUCUGCUGCCGUAAAGAAGAAGAAAGGGCGUAAGUUAGCGAGACGAGUCGAGACAAAAGCGCCGUCUUGAAGGAGUGGAAUCGACUUCAAAAUCAUCAAAAUGUUGAAAGAGUUGGUGAAGGAGCGACUGAUGGCGGCGGCCGAUGAAAUAUUGGCGCUGUUUGAAAGAACUAUAGCGUCAUACGAGGAGGAACUUUCUCGGACGAGAGAGGAGAAGGAGCGACAUCGACGACAACUGGAAGCUGUUAGCAAGACGAGGGUCGCGUUCCACGUUGAUGACGUCCAGGGGAGCUCUGCCUUGAAGCAAGAGGACCCCUGGCCCCCCCGCGUCAAAGAGGAAGAGGAGGAACUGUGGAGUGAUCAGGAAGGAGAGGCAGAGGGUCUCGUCGGAUCGGAGGAGGCAGAUCUCACCAAGGUUCCCAUCUCUGUGGUCUCUCUGAAGACCGAAGGUGAAGAAGAAGCAGAUAAGCUGUUGGCGCCGCUGUCAGACAGCGAGCACGAUGAAGGUCUCAGCAGCGAUUCAGGCGAUGAAGGUGACAGGAGGACUCCCGCUGACCACAAAGAGCGCCAAAAGAAGGCGGGUAAACGACGUGUGACCUGCUCCGUUUGUGAUAAAAGCUUCUCUAAUUCGGGUCAUCUGACUCGACACAUGCUGACACACACCGGAGAAAAACCAUUCAGCUGUUCCGUUUGCGGAAAAAGAUUCACUCAAAAGUGUAUCAUCAACAAGGCAGCAGACUGCGAGCUGUUCAGGCAUCAGUGAGGUUGAAGCAAGAUGGUCCCAUCAUCCUGUCACGUUCACGCUGCAUGUGGGGGGAGGGCGGCAGAUGGCUCUUCUGAUCGUCUGGGAUCCACUCCAGUAGAAGGCAGCUCUACAGCUCAUCAAAGUCAUCACUCCAGGACAGCGUGUCUUCCAUGUGGAUCAACCAAGGUAGGAGACCUGAUGAAGGAAGGCUGACUCUCACCCAUUUACACAAAAGCCGCCUUUCGGCCCACCUCAGGAUGUUGCCGUAGUCGGGAAGUAGCUAGCUGUGUUCUGGCUCUUGCUAAGAUGUGGAUUAUGCAUGUUUUCAAGUGGAACGCACAUUUCAAUGUGGAAUUAGUUGCCAUAUUUGGAGGUGUUUGCCAUGUAAAACGCCAAUGCUAAUUGCUAAUGCGAUAUUAGCGUCUCAGGCACUGUAGUCAUUGACAGUACUGCGUUGAUAAAGUUGUCCUUUAGCACUUCUUAAAUGAAGAAUCCUGUUGAUGUUGGGAAAACCGAAAGAACUUAUUUGCUCCAUCUGAAAAUUUCUAAAGUAAACGAGACAAAAAGUAAUCCCUCAUUCUAAAAAGAAGGUUAUACAGCAGAGGUAGGGAACCUAUGGCUCGGAGCCAGGUAGGGCUCUUUUGAUGACUGUAUCUGGCUCUCAAGCAAUUACCACAAUAAAAAUGUAUGUUUGCUAACAUUUUAAAGUAAACAUCACAGAAAUCACUGUUAAAAAUAUAAAAAAUCAACAACUUUCUUAUGCAUUUUAAUCCGUCCAUCUAUUUUCUACUGCAAUACGGCCGACCAUAUCUAUCUUUCCUGAUGAUAUUUUCCAGGUCAAACACCAAAACUCGAUUAUUACUGGGUAAUGCGGUAGUGUACCUCGGUCAUUAAGAUGUAAAUGUAAACUUUCCUCCUUUAGUCAAAUAGUCACCUAGCUAAAGCUGCAGAACCAAGCCUUCUGGCAAAGAUGGCCAAAAGAAUGAAAUAUACUGAGUACGGUGCAAAACCAUGCAGCAGCAGAAGUUGCAUUAAUGGCAGCAAGUAUUUGAUUUAUUAUUGGACACUGCGCUGCUCACAAAAGUGUGCUGGCCACACCCCCUUGGCGUGGGGUAGUGUGCCUGGUCUACGUAAUUAGAGCCCAUUAUAUCUAAAACUGUUGGUCUUACAUAAAAAUGCACACAUUUUAUUGCAUUCAAUGUUUAAAAAAAUGUAUAUGGCUCUCACAGAUACACAUUUUAAAAUAUCUGGCCUUCAUGGCUCUCUUAGCCAAAAAGGUUCCCGACCCCUGUUAUACAGUGAGGUCAAUAAGUCAAAAGGACCUAAAAGCAGGUAAACUGUCAAACACAUCUAGAAUGUAAAAUGUGAUUGAGUGUAAUUGAUAAUGUUAAGCUCCGGGCAUUGCCUUGUCCCAUUGUGUUCAGCGGUCAGUAAAUGCACCGCAGUGGCAUGUGUCUGAUGGUUGAGGUGUACUGUUCACGGCUUCUCUGAGCGGUGUGAGCUGUUUCUGCUCCUUUUACUCUUUUGUUCAUUGGUGCUGACACCAACAUUCAACAUUCACUGACUCAUUAGCUUCUUACUUAUUUCCUUUCCUUGUCGAUGUCUGUACUGGUUGAUCAAUAUGCUUGUGUCAGGUUCAAACUCCUGUGACACUUGUAAAAACACUUAAUUACAGAAGAGACAGACAACAAAAUUCAAAGUUUCUCGCAGCGAGGAGAGUGAAACAACAUACCCAGUGACAUGCCACUCCACUCUGAGUAUGCCAUUCAUGCUCCUCUCUUUUUAUUUCUUUAGGAGGUCCCUAAUACAUGGUUGUGCAACUCUAAGGGGAGGGGGACGCAAGCAGUUGCACAAGCUGUACUUGUUGUCUAUGUGUGUGUGUGUGUGUAUGUGAGAAUAAUUACUUUUUGUGCAUGUGUUCUUAUCUUGGCACGUUUUGCAUGAUGAAACUUCUUCAAGGUUGCUGCUGGCAUUCCCAGGCACCUGCAAGAUUAGUGGUGUUGGGAGUUGCUGGUCAGGGUCACAGAAUGUUCCUGCCUUUGACACUCAAGACUAUUGUCUAUUGUCUAAGCAAACGGAUAUAAGGGUGAUAACUUAACACUAUAAUAAUUGAAUUUACAUUUUAUUCUAACAGGUUGUGGAAUGACUGUACUGAUCUUGUAUUGUGUGUACUUUGUAUUCUAUGUACUGUGCGCUGUUGGAGGAGCACAGCAUAAAGUUGAGCAGCUCUGACUGAAAUAGAUCCACCAAACAGGACAACCUGCCGUCUUUGAUGCUCCGACGGGGCAUCCUUGGAGACGACGAUGUGCCCUGUAUUCUGCUGACCUUCGGCUGAGUGUGCAUGUGGAAUAAAAGACUUCAAGACACUCAAGAUUGUGAAGAGGAAACAGAAAACAUCUGACCACAGAGGCACGACAAAGUCCACCAAUUGUUUUCUUACCAUAUAUUACCUUACCUUACCUUACUUUACCUUAUCAUACAUCUAAAUGCAAUGAACUGUUUUGCUUGUGUAAGCUUGAUCACAUCACAUUGCAACAGCCACUUCCCUGUCCUUUAGGGCUGCAUUGUGAACUUUGUAACUUAGGGAACACCCCACGAAAAUAAAAAGGGAGGCAACGGAGAGUGUACUCAGAGCAGUUGGAGAUUGUAUGCCGAGUACAUCUCUUCCGUUGAUUAGACGGUGACAUAUUUGUCACAAUGCAGCAGGACGAUGGCCAUAAAACAUUGCCAAUUCAGUGUCAUUUUGUUUCUCUUUGAAGAGCAUCCCAGGUUUUUGUGGCUGAAUAAUGUUUGUCUCGACCGUUGCUUGAAUUUCACACGUCAUAGCUGAUCUUCUUCUGAGCUGAGGCCGAGCCCGAGCCGUCCUCUCUGUCUCUGUGUCUUCUUAAAUCAUCUAGCUUGGUCGCACACUGAGCAACUAAAACGUUUUUCUCCUGUGUGCGUUCUCAUGUAAUACCAAGUAUGACCUUCGAAAGAAAUGUUUAUCACAAACAGAGCAACUAAAAGGUUUCUCUCCGUGGGUCGUCAUGUACCUUGUCAAAUAGGACCUUACAGAAAACUUAUCGCCACAUACUGAACAACUGUAAGGUUUCUCUCCAGUGUGCGUUGUUGUGUGUCAGUCUAUGAAUUUUGGGAGAAUCUUUUCACACAAACUGAACAAUUAAAAGGUUUUUCUCCCGUGUGAGUUGCCAUGUGUCGCAUCAUGGAGUAAAUGUAUUGUCACACACUGAGCAACUAAAAGGUUUUUCUCCCGUGUGUGUUCUCAUGUGUUGCAUUAUAAGGCUCUGAUAAGAAAAGCUUUUAGUACAAACCGAGCAGGUCAGACCUUUUUUUACCCGCCUUCCUAUUAUUAGUGGUUGUUGCCAGCCUCGAGUCCUCGUAUCUCCUUCACAGUCUGGAUGGCUGCUCAGAGCUCCUUCAUCCCCAGGAGAGUGGGACGUUACGUUGUGACUAUCAGAUAGCGGAGCUAAGAGCUAGUUUGCUUGGGAUCCUCCAUGGUGGUCUCCACCAGCUUCUGUGGUCAUGUGCUAUGGUGAGUCGCUGCUGCUUGGAGGCUCCGCCCCGCCGUUUUCCUCACUCUGACUGUGAUGAAGAUGAAGCUGUGAGGACUUGCGUGGUUUGUCUUUGUGGUCUUCAGUCUUCACAGAGACACCAGUCAGUGGCACCUUGGCAAUAUCAGCCACCUCCGACCUGAGAAGACACUCUCCCCCGAGUGGUCCAAAGUUCCUCCUCUUCCUCUUUAAUGUGGGGCGGCUGGAGGUCCUCGCACUUCAAAGUGGAGCUCCUCACCGGUGGCUGAGGGCGGUUUUGUUCUUGAUGACCCAUCAGCUGCUGGACGUCUGCAGGAAGAACACGAACAUCCUUGAGAUGUUCUCCUGGAGCUCUCUGCACAUGUUCAUGUGUACUCAGACACGGCGGUUGAGUGGUUAGCAGGCAGGCCUCACAGCUAGGACACCCGGGUUCAAUUCCACCCUCAUCCAUCUCUGUGUGGAGUUUGCAUGUUCUCCCCGUGCAUGCAUGGGUUUUUCCUCCCCCAUCCCAAAAACAUGCUAGCUUCAUUGGCCACUCUAAAUUGUCCAUAGGUAUGAAUGUGAGUGUGAAUGGUUGUUUGUCUAUAUGUGCCCUGUGAUUGGCUGGCCACCAGUCCAGGGUGGACCCCGCCUCUCGCCCCAAGACAGCUGGGAUAGGCUCCAGCACGCCUCCAGACCCUCGUCAGGGU